AUGUUGUUCUUUUCAUUCUUUAAGACUCUAGUGGAUCAAGAAGUAACCGUUGAAUUGAAAAAUGAUAUUGAAUUGAAAGGUACUUUGAAAUCAGUUGAUCAAUUUUUAAAUUUAAAAUUGGAUAAUAUUUCAUGUACAGAUGAACAAAAAUAUCCACAUUUAGGUUCUGUAAGGAAUAUCUUUAUUAGAGGCUCUACAGUUAGAUAUGUAUACUUACAAAAGAGUAUGGUUGAUACAAAUCUAUUACAAGAUGCUGCAAGAAGGGAAGCUAUGAGUGAAAAGAAAUGA